CCGUCUAUGCUGCUGCGAGACCACCUUCCCUACACGGAGGCGACCAUACGUGAGGCCCAGCGGAUUCGCACCAUCGCUCCUUCCUCUAUUCCUCAUGAAACCACAGCUCCUGCUACCAUCUUAGGGCACCAGAUCCCCGCCGGCACCUUCAUACUGCCCAACCUGUGGUCUCUCCACAUGGACCCGAAGUACUGGCCCGAUCCGGAGAGGUUCGACCCGACCCGAUUCCUGGACGCCGACGGGCAGCUGGCACCGGGGACAGAGUCCUUUUUACCGUUUAGCAUAGGUGAGGCAUGCAAGACAGUUUUGUCUUGGAAUGAAAGCUCAUUUGUGCUAGAGAACAUAUUGCAAUUCUGGCAAAAUACUUUAUCCAACACAUUUUAGAAUAUCUGAGAGAAACAACAGACGAGUCGAUUCGAAAUUGGAGAACGUAUGUUGCGUUGAGUGCUCCCACGUUUCGUGUUCCAUACAAAUGCACCAUGAGUUGUCCACAUUGUAUUCUGUAUGCAUGAAACAUGAAUUGCAUCAAUUUAAGCCCCACAAAACAUGCGCUAAAUUGCAUAGGAUGCAGAACCAAUGUGAUUUGUAAAU